AUUUCGCGCCAUCCCCUCCUCUCAUUCCUUCCUCUGCUUCUCCCGCGCGCGUCAGCGAGGGAGACGGCCACCAGUGACCAUGCCCGUCUCCUCCAUCGCCAUGUCGACAGCUCUCAUCACCACGCGACAUCGUCCCAGCAACCACCUCGUGUCGCCGCGGCUGCCACUCCUACCCCGCGGCCCACCGGGCGGCCUCGGGACGCCGACGAGGAGGAUCAUGCCCGUCUGUCCCCGGCACGGGUCCGGCGGAUCGGACGACCUCGCACCCACGCCCAAGUCGGACCGCACCAUGACGGCCUUCGACCUGGCCAGCCUCUGGGUGGGCCUCGUCGUCGGCGUGCCGGCGUACUACCUCGCGGGCAGCCUCGUGGACCUCGGCAUGUCGGCGGCCCAGGGCGUCGCCACCGUCGCGCUCGCCAACCUCGUCGUGCUCGCCACGCUCGUGCUCACGGCCGCGCCCGCCGCCACGCACGGCCUGCCGUUCCCGGUGCUCGCGCGGGCCGCCUUCGGGGUCCGCGGCGCGCACGUCCCGGCCGUCGCCCGCGCGCUCAUCGGCUGCGGCUGGUUCGGGAUCGAGUCCUGGAUCGGCGGCCGCGCCAUCUUCCUCCUCCUCCCCGCGCGGCUCAAGGCGUGCGCGCCGCUGCUGGCGCCCGUGCCCGGGCUCGGCGGCGCCUCGGCGCUCGAGAUCGCCUGCCUCCUCGCCUUCACGGCGGCGCAGCUGGCCGUCAUCAUGCGCGGCAUGGACGCCAUCCGCGACCUCGAGAAGUACGCCGCGCCGGUGCUCGUCGCGCUCACCUCCCUGCUGCUCUCCUGGGCCUACGUCUCCGCCGGCGGCUUCGGGACCGUCCUCUCGCUGCCGCCGCGCCUGGCCGGCCACGAGUUCUGGAAGAUCUUCUUCCCGGCGCUCACCGCCAACAUCAGCUUCUGGUCCACGGUGGCCAUCAGCAUCCCGGACUUCGCGCGCUACGCGCGGAGCCAGGCGGACCAGGUGCUCGGCCAGGUCGGCCUGCCCCUCUUCAUGGGCCUCUUCACCUUCGCCGGCCUCGCCAUCACCUCCUCCACCGAGGCCAUCUUCGGCCGCGUCGUCUCUGACCCCAUCGAGCUCCUCGGACUCAUCGGCGGGCCAGCCACCAAGAUCCUCGCCAUCUUCGGCAUCAGCCUCGCCAUCAUCACCACCAACAUCGCCGCCAACGUCGUCGCGCCCGCCAACACGCUCGUCGCGCUCGCCCCGCGGACCUUCACGUUCGCCACGGGCGCGCUCGUCACGGCCAUGAUCGGCAUCGCCUUCCAGCCGUGGCGGAUGCUCAGCUCCAGCGAGAGCUUCGUCUUCACGUGGCUGCUCGGCAACGCGGCGCUCAUGGGGCCCAUCGGAGGCGUCCUCCUCGCCGACCACUACGUCGUGAGGCGCACCGCGCUGGACGUCGACGCGCUCUACUCCGAGGAAGCAGGCAGCCCCUACUACUUCCAGGGCGGAUUCAAUGCCGCAGCGAUGGUGGCCAUGGCGGCCGGAUUCGCCGCCGUCGUGCCAGGGUUCCUGCACAAGGUAGGGCUGCUGCCGAGCGUGUCCAAGGCGCUCGUCCUGGCCUACGACAAUGCCUGGUUCGCCAGUUUCUUCGUCGCCGGCGCCGUGUACUGCUUGCUCUGCCGUCGGAGAGAGGGUGCUCCUUUUUGAUGCUAGGGAAGAUAUGGCCCUUAGCUCAUUGCUGACAUGGAUACAUGAUCAACUCCCUAGUAUAUGUGAUCAGUCUUCACAUGGUGUCUCUGACUUUUGCUUAAACGCAACGUUCCUGCUUUGAUACAUAACCAUCUUCAGAGUCGCUCGCAUGUCGUUGGACAGAAGGGGGCAUUGAGAAAUCUGAAUGUAGUUUGAUAGUGUAGAUGGCCAAAGGUAAACCAAUAGCUUUAGCAUCAGCCAACAAGAGCGUACUAAGCUCUAUACCGCCGAUCAGUUCUUCAUCCGACGGUGCGGCUUCAAGCAUGACAAAGACAUUGAGAUCUGGGCCUUCUAGAAGAAAACUAUAAGCUACCGGGUGUCCGAUAGUGGCAGCGAAGCGGAGGUUGCCCCUGGUGGCGAGGUGCAGUGCGGCGGACAUUCUGGCGGCAAGUUGCAAAGUUGAUUUCCACGAUGUGAACAGUCAAAAAUUAUAAGGUGAAGCCUAUAAUAUUUGAGGAUGGGGCACUAGUUAUUUUUAAUUAUGAGAAUGUGACCAUAUCAUGUUCUUGUAGAAGAUAUGAAUCCAAAGGUUUGUUGUGCAAGGAGGAUGUACAGACCUUCUACUUCAAAAUGAUUGAUCGUCACAGCUGCUGCACCCUUCGAUAAGAAUGGAUUUUGAUGUAGUGAAUCUCAGAAAAUGGAAGGAGUAGGCAUAGCAAUAAUUAGUGUUCCUUCUUGCUGUCACAGACCAAUGUUACUUUUAGAACUACAAUAUGUGUAAUGCUACACUAGAUGAUUACAGUGAGUAACUGUUUCUAAUUUUGUC